GCCCCGGCCCCGUCCGCCCCCCCCUCCCCCGCUCCCCUCAGCCCAUCCCGGCCCGGUCCCUGGGAGGAUGAAGUUCGUUUACAAGGAGGAGCACCCGUUCGAGAAGCGCCGCUCUGAGGGCGAGAAGAUCCGCAAGAAGUAUCCCGACCGAGUCCCGGUAAUUGUGGAGAAGGCUCCCAAGGCCCGGAUAGGUGACCUGGACAAGAAGAAAUACCUGGUGCCUUCUGAUCUCACAGUCGGUCAGUUCUAUUUCUUGAUCCGGAAGCGAAUUCAUCUCCCAGCUGAGGAUGCCCUAUUUUUCUUUGUCAACAAUGUCAUUCCACCCACCAGCGCCACUAUGGGCCAGCUUUACCAGGAACAUCAUGAAGAAGACUUCUUUCUAUACAUUGCCUACAGCGACGAAAGUGUCUAUGGUCUGUGAAGUUGCCUGCCGCCCCUGGGUGGGGGGGCCCUUCUCUAAGAAGAGUGAGGGUUCCCCUGUCUCUUCCUCUCCUUAUCCCCCACCUCCCCCAUUCUCCUCAGUUUCUUCCCCCUGCUGGAAGACAAACAACACCACCUGUCAGGACCUGCAAUUUGCAAUGUUUAAGACUCUCUUUCCCUCAGCCCAUUCUGGCUGGGGUUGGGGAGGGCAAGGGUAGAGGGGACCCCCAAUGUCUCUAUUUUCUUUUUUUCCUCCCUUUUUCUGCCUCCUCUUCUCCCCUCCCCCAAUCUCUUCUUGGUUGUUUCCCUUUUUCUUUUUGUCUCACUCACUGAUUGUUUUGGUUUCUGUUCCUUCCCAGACUCC